AUGCUCAAAGUUCUGUUUUCUUUCGCGGUUCUAGCGUUGUGCGCCGUUGCCAGGACCGAGCAUGACCUUCCGCAGCUGAAGCUUCCGUGGGGUACUUGGGAAGCUGCCCGAUUUCCAGGAGACGAGGAUAUAUACGUGUUUAGAAACGUGCGCUUUGGCGCAAAGCCAGAACGCUUCGGCGCUCCAUCAUUCCCCGACUGGGAAGACGACAGCAUUCAAGACAGCAGAGGCGGCCGGAGUUGCAUCCAGAUCAACCCGAACGGACUCAAAAAUCCACCUGGUGGGAGAAAUCUGAUUUACGAAGAACCCGACACCAGCAUCAUCGAGGAUGAAGACUGCCUCUUCCUUGAUAUCUACGUACCAGUCAAAGCUUUUGACAAGGAUUCCACGCGCCUCCCCGUCGUCGUUUGGCUCUAUGGUGGUGCGUACGCCUUCGGCAGCAAGGAUCAAUUCAGUCCUCUUUACACAGGCCAGUCUCUUCUUGAGGCGUCAAGAUAUGGUACCAUUUUCAUCACUGGCAACUAUCGUCUAGGUGCAUUCGGAUGGCUCGCAGGCUCCUACAUGGAGGACAGCGGGCUGCCGAAUGCCGCUCUUUAUGACCAGGCCCUCCUUUUUGAGUGGGUUCAGGAAUACAUUGAUCAAGUUCAAGGCGACCGAUACAGCGUCAGCGCCUGGGGCGAGUCGGCCGGGGCUGGUUCUAUCAUGCAUCAUUUGAUCCGGGAAGACGGCGAGAAAGACCCCAACUUCAACACGUUCCUAGUCCAGAGCCCCGCAUUUGAGUGGCAAUGGGAUAACUCCAAAGACGGGGCGCUCGAUAAGGCCUACCGGAUGUUCUCUGAACUGGCUGGCUGCGGAGACAAGUACGACAUUGACUGCUUGCGCAACGCCAGAUCGGCCAAAUUGAUUGAAGCAAAUCAGCAGUUCUUUGGCAAGGUCAAGCAGACUGGCAUGGCACCUGUCGGGCCUUCUGUUGAUGGCAAAUGGAUAAGGACUCUACCGACAAUCGCGUUUUCUCGAGGUAACUAUUGGGAUAACAUCUGGUCCACUGUCGUCUCUCACUGCGCCAACGAGGCCCAGUCAUUCAUACCCGCAGGCAUGGACUCACAGGCAAAGUUCAACUCUUACCUGGCCAUGAUGUUCCCCGGGGAGAAACUUUCGCACAUUAGAGAUCAGAUACGUCAACAGUACAAAUGCUCGGCUUUUCAUCAUGACAACUACACCACAUGUUUGAAGGAGGUGAUUCAGGAUUCUACUUUCACCUGCAACACCCGAGACCUUUACGAUGCCUACUCCGACAGGUCAUAUAUGAUGGAGUAUGCAUACCCUUUCAGAGUUCUGGCUUACCAUGCCAGCGACUUGAUCCCUCUCUUCUCAAACAACGUCCAGCAAGUUGUGGGCCUCCUCUCCAAGUUUUUGAGGAGCAGAUUGCUGGCCAAGAUCUACGCCAAAGUACUUGAGGGCCUGGUAGCGACGCGGUACAAGGCAUAUCUCGCAUCCUUUGCUAUGAAUGGAGACCCGAAUAACCUACCAAGAACUACGCGACUAUACUGGCCUGUGGCGGAUGGUAACCACGAUAGGCUGCGAAGUGUCCUCCAAGUCCGCGCCCCGGGGUUUCUCCACUCGGCGUUCCGUCUGACAUCCGAUGACCAGAAUUCGAGGAAUAGAUGCGAGUUCUGGAACGAUAUCGCUCAGCAAAUCGUAGGACUGAAAGACGGCAAGGUUACUGUUGAGAACGAAGAGCAGCUGGUGAUUCAUAAGCUCCCUUCAAUAUUUGAGGAGCUCUGA